CCUCCACCAAUGGCCGGAGCGGUUGGCUGAGCCACUGCAGGGGGAGGCGCCGCUAUUUCAGAGGGGCUGCUGGAGUCAGAGCGCUAGUCAAGUCUACAGAGACGUACAGCUUGCGGAGAGGGCUGCUCUACACUGUGACAGGCGAGGUGCAUCAUGUCUGACAGAAAGGCUGUGAUAAAGAACGCUGACAUGUCUGAGGACAUGCAGCAGGAUGCAGUGGACUGUGCCACACAAGCCAUGGAGAAGUAUAACAUUGAGAAGGAUAUCGCAGCUUACAUAAAGAAGGAAUUUGACAAGAAGUACAACCCGACUUGGCACUGCAUUGUCGGCAGAAACUUUGGCAGCUAUGUAACACAUGAGACAAAGCAUUUCAUCUAUUUUUACUUGGGCCAGGUUGCAAUUCUCCUCUUUAAGUCGGGCUAGAAAGAUGGAAAAUCAUGGACUGUAAUGCACUGAUGGCUGGAGCCAGGAUCCCCUCUAACAUGGCUGUGCAGCUGCAUGGACUGUAUACUAUAUUUAAUGUGUAUAUGUUGCAGUAAAAUGACUUUUGUUUAGUUGCCUGGAGACAAGGCGGCUUUAUUUUGUUACUGCUUUUUCUUUUUUCCCCUUUUUGUUGUAUUGCACUUGGGGAAACUGUAAAUGCUUUUCAAUGGCCUUUAAACAGGAAGAAAAUAAACUAUUCUACAUUAAACACUA